AAUAAGGAGCAGAAGCCAAUCUAACACUAGAGUUGAUGCUUGUCUUUUGAGAAACCUUUUUUGUUUUUUCCACCCAUUUUGUGGAGAAACCAACAUUAUUAUGAGUAAAUUGCACUUUUUCCCCAUCUUGGAUAAAUCAGUCUUCUGCGACUAAGAUUUGGAUUAAAAGCUUCUGAAGCUCGUUCAGACAGGCGAUGGGGCCCUCGACUGCAUUCCUUUGGGCAGCGACCGUGUUGGUGAUGCUGCAGAUGUGUACUUCAUCCCAUGACAGCAUUGUAGACCGAUCGUCUAGAAACCUCUCCUCUGUCCCGACAGACCUGCCUCUUGCUGCAGAAUAUAUCGACCUGUCAUGCAACCACAUACACCAGCUCCACAAAGGGGAAUUUAAAAACACAACCCUCCUUCGGUUCCUGAACAUGUCGUGGAAUGGCUUGGAGCUCAUUGACACAGAGACGUUUCAUGACACGCCGCUUCUAGAAAAUCUGGAUCUGUCACACAACGUGCUGAGAAACCUGUCAGAGCAACGUUACUUGUCAUUUACAGGUAAUCUCAGAGCGCUGAACGUGGCAUGGAACAAGUUUGAGAACAUGACCUUGGGAAGAGAGUUCAGUCUCUUAAGAAAACUGGAGAGUUUAACACUUGGAGCAAAAGUCAUCAGCUUGGGGGAUUUCAAGAACAUCGCUAACGUGACGUUAUACCGCUUGACCCUUUCUCUGGAGGAGGAACUUGAUUAUGAAGCAAGCAGCUUAAUGGAUAUUCAUGCUGAAAAAAUUCAGGUAGAUCUAAAUGGUGGAAAAAUAACCCAGAGUGAAUUGCUUGCUGAUGUGUUGUCAUUUUUUGUAGAAGUCGAAGUGAGGAAUAUAAGUGGGGGCUACCAAUAUGUAAAAACACAGCUUAGUAAAAGAGCCAUAAUUUCCACUCGCACUCUUUCUGUGAACAACAUUGUAAUUGACUGGGACGAUUUAACUCAAUUAAUAAAUGCCACUCUGUACACAUCCAUUGCCCAUCUGAGCGCCUCUGAUAUAGCAAUAAACAAGCCCCCAAUUAAAGACACCCCUCUGACACAGACAUCUUCAAUGCAGUCCUUCACAGCCUCACGAGCAGCUGUAAACUCCUUUUUUUUCUCUCAGGAAGCCUUGUACAACUUUUUCAUCAACCUGCCAGUAGAGCACUGUGCAAUCGUAGAGUCCUCACUGAUUCACAUGACGUGUCCGAAAAAACAGAGCCCCAUCCUUGAAUUGGACUUCUCUUUCUGCGCGCUGUCUGAUUCCAUCUUCUCCAGGUUCGAAGGUCAAGAAACAGUCGAAUGCGAGACUCUGGGCAACGUACAAAAUCUCUCUCUGGUAGGCAAUAAUCUGAAGAACCUACAAGUAGUGAGUAUAAGGUUGCAGUACAUGAAAUCUCUGCAACACCUGGACCUCAGUAUCAACUCCUUUGUGUAUGAUGGUACCCCUAAUUGUACGUGGCCACCGAGCAUCACCGUUAUGAAUCUUUCUUCUGGAGGUCUAACAGAUAAUGUUUUUAACUGUCUACCAGAAGGGGUAGAAACACUGGACCUACAGAACAACCAGAUUUCUGUAAUACCACAGUUAGUCCUCAAACUGCAAAAUCUCUCUUCUCUGAAUCUGAAUGCCAACAGGCUCGUUGACUUGCCGGUAUGUAAUGACUUCCCAAAAAUGACUGAGCUUCUGCUGAAGUCAAACUCCCUCCAUGCACCUUCACUGAGAAAUCUGAAAAAAUGUCCUAAUCUGAAAAUCCUGGACGUAAGUGACAACCCGUUCACCUGCACCUGCCCUCUGAGGCACUUUAUUCGUCUCAGCAUUCAGACCGAAUAUAAGAGUGGCCACUCAGGUCUUGAACUGUUAAACUGGCCAGAGGGUUACCACUGCAUCUACCCCGAAGCAGCCAGGAAUUCCACGUUAGAAAGCUUCCAGAUUCCUGAGAUCUCUUGCAGCGCCAGCCUUCUGGCAGCCACCAUCCUGGUUCCUUCAGUGGUUCUGAUCGUCACCAUUUUCUUUCUGUGCCGACGUCUGGAUGUGCCUUGGUACAUGGGCAUGAUCUGGCAGUGGACCAGAGCCAAACAUCGAGCGAGAAUGCGGCAGCUUCGACCUGAAGACCUGGUGGGCAUCGAGUUCCAUGCGUUUGUAUCCUACAGCCAGCACGACGCAGACUGGGUGAAGAAUUUCCUGCUUUUGAACCUCGAGGGUCCUGCAGGAGGGCUCAGAAUCUGCCACCAUGAAAAAGACUUUGUGCCAGGGAAAACAAUUAUGGAGAACAUCAUCACAUGCGUGGAGAAAAGUCGCCGCUCAGUGUUUCUGCUCUCCGCUCACUUUGUCAAGAGUGAAUGGUGCCAUUAUGAGCUUUACUUUGCCAGCCAUCAACGUCUUUCUCAGGGGUCAGACAGCCUCGUGCUGGUGCUGCUUGAGCCUCUGCCCCAGUAUCUGAUCCCAUCCAAGUACUACCAGCUUAAGUCUAUGAUGAAACGCCACACAUACCUGGAAUGGCCUCAGGACAAAGCCAAACACAGGCUAUUCUGGGCUAAUCUGAGGGCUGCUCUGCAGUCUGACCUGCCGAGUAAACUGGUAGCAGAAACAGAAGAGUUUAGCUGAUUGUUACAGUAAGAUACAAAAGACCACAAUAAAUGUAUGGCAAAUAUAUCCACCUUGGUCAGAUUUUACAUAUAGAAAAAAAGUUGGAGAAACAGAGGAACUAAAAUAACAAACAAAUUAAUAGAUGAUUGGACAGAUUGAUCCAAGGAACUUGCUAGUAAUGGGUGGCGCUACAGAUGUUUCCCCAAGCUACGUUUUCU